UCUAAAAAGAUCGCAUCACUUGACAACAAGCUCAAAACACAGAAUAUUUACUACUAUUCUGUGCCCAAAACACAGUAGAAUGUAGAAUGCUAAAAGAUCACUGUGCCCAAAGAAGUAAGAUAGAUGAUUCUCUCUAGUUACAUGAUUAAAACAAACUGAAAACAAUGCUUAAUGGUCUGAGGUACAUAAGUCAUUCAAUUAAAUCAUCUGCGUUGAAGAAAAUAAAUAAUGGUCAGGAGAGGAAGAGAUUUAUUCACACAUCUUUUUAUAGGUUCAGUGGAGAGUACGAAUGGCAAGAUCCAAAAUCACAGGAUGAAGUGGUGAAUAUAAUUGUUAUUUCUAAAGAUGGUGAACGAAUCCCUAUUCAAGGAAAAGUAGGAGAUAAUCUAUUAUACUUAGCUCAUAGAUAUCAAAUUCCCAUGGAGGGGGCUUGUGAAGCAUCCUUAGCUUGCACCACUUGUCAUGUUUAUGUACAAAGUAAUCAUUUCGAUCAUUUACCUACUGCCACAGAAACUGAAGAAGAUCUACUAGAUAUGGCACCAUUUUUGAAAGAAAAUUCUAGACUAGGAUGUCAAAUUAUUUUAAAAAAAGAUUUAGAAGGAUUGGAGGUUGAAUUACCUAAGGCAACUAGAAACUUUUAUGUUGAUGGGCAUUCGCCGAAGCCACACUAAGCAUUGUUAAUGAUCUGAUAAUGAGAUAGUAAUAUAUUAUUCGAAUCUGUUUA